AUACCCGAUCGGGGAGUGGUGAGAUAUAUGUCAACAUACAAUUUUAAUAACUUCCUGGUGUAAUAAUAGUGAUGUAAGAAAUUAAAUAUAAAAACAGUGAUGAUAAAAAUUAGUGAUAUACCUUGAAACCGUCCAUAUUACCAAGUACGGUCCAUAGGGGUGUUAUGAAGCGCUUACGAUGCGGGUCACUUUAUGCCGGUUCUAUUAAGCCCUAUUAAGCAUCCAUCAACCUGCCGAAGAACUUAUUGUGCUGCAGGUUGUUUACCUGUGGCUUUCGACUUGUUGCUGCGCAAUCCAUCUUUGCACACAUCCGUAAUUUGUUCAUUUCCUAUUCCAAAUACAUAAAAUAUAAUAAAGACAAUGCCGCGGUGUUAUAUGGUUAAAAAACAAAGCAACAAGUAUCAAUCUCACCAGAGGGACUUUUGGGAACAAAAUAAAGUUUCGAAUGCAGCUCCCGGGAGUCCUACCGAAGGAUGUGUCGCUCCUCUAUGCUAUACUGCCUUGACCAAUCGUACAAGUUCAUUCCAAGAAUUCAUUUCAAACGGUACCACACUAGGAAAAAAAGAUAACGAUGAUCCGACGGCGCAUUGUCCUUCAAAGCGCAGCGCUGAGGAAACCGAAGCCGCUCACGAUCUUCUGUCCUUAUCCCAAAGUCUCCCACCUCUACCGGCGCCUAGCGUUGUCAUGAUACAUCAUACCGUAACCCCCGACAACGAUCCUCCGAGUCCGAAACAUAAUUAUCGACCUACGUCGCCGGAAACUUCCGUACGCCAAGUAAAACCGGAACCAAUAGAAAAACGACACGUAUCUGUGAUCCAACAUGCUCCAGUUUCGCAACCCACACAACCUGUGAUAGUACCCCAACAAGUAGUACUACCGUGCUACACUGCUUCGCCUAUAGUAUACGUGGUACAAGUACCGGCGACGGCGCCUACCCCGCCGAUAUCCGAAUGUUCUUCGGACGUGGAAAACGUGCAGUUGUGUACAAUGGAAAGGCUACAUCAAGACGUCGCCGUGGUACAAGAACAAACCGAUGAUAUUAUUAUACUUCCGCUAUCGCCGGAACCGGAAACUUCGGAUCAGAAUAACGGUAGAACGACGGUAGCUGCGUCUCAUAUGAAUAUACCCGAUAGGCGGAAAAAGAAGAAUAAAAUGUGUAAUAAGAAUCGAGGAGAAUCGAAUGAAUCGAUCGAGAGUUCGGGGAACGAAUUUGUUUUCGAAACUAGUAAUACGAAGACGAAAUUCUAUAAAGUGGUUGAAGAUGACGAAGAUCAAGAAAUAGACGUAGAAACCACAACAGACGAUCUACAAAAAAACCGUUACGUUUGCGUGGAAUGCGGUAAGCAAUACGCCACGUCGAGCAAUCUCUCGAGACACAAACAAACCCACAGAAGUCUAGAUUCCCAAUCGGCUAAAAAAUGUAUGACGUGCGGUAAAGCUUACGUCAGCAUGCCAGCUUUAGCGAUGCACCUGCUCACUCACAAAUUGGCGCACAGUUGCGACAUAUGCGGUAAGCAAUUUUCACGUCCUUGGCUACUCCAAGGUCAUUUAAGGUCGCACACCGGCGAAAAACCGUACGGUUGCGCGCAUUGCGGUAAAGCUUUCGCAGAUAGAUCGAAUUUGAGAGCGCACAUGCAAACGCAUUCGAACGAUAAGAAUUAUAGUUGUAAUAAAUGUCAUAAAACGUUCGCGUUGAAAUCUUAUCUAAAUAAACAUCUCGAAUCUUCUUGUACGAUGUGGGAUUCGAAAACGCAACGGUAUAAAAGGACUGUACACGCUGAAACGCAAACUUUCGCCAUUACCGUCGACUAAACUUGUACGUUUCGUACUUUUUUAUAAGUUCUUAUGAUAUUUUGAAAGAUAUUGAACAAUCUAUUGAGAUUUUAGUAACCAAAAAA